AUGGAGACCCUUUCCAUCGAGCUGAAGGAUAUAAUCAUGUCUCAUACGCCGAUGACAUACGUUCAAAAUCUCCGCCUUACGAGCACCUCUUUCUGCAAAACAACCACCCGACAGCUGCUCUCUCACGUUCACGUGACGCCUCUUGAAAAUGGUAUCAAUAACUUCUGGGCUGUUCCGGCAUCUCCCAACCUUGCGAAGGAAGUUAACAAUAUCAAGCUCACCACCUCUCUGAAUCAAAACAAGAAUUUCGAGAGAGAGGGUCGUGAUUUAAAGUCAUCCACGUUGUCACAAAACUAUAACCAGGCGCUCCUGUUUAUCAACCAGCUUCCCAACCUUCGUUGUGCAGCGGUCCAAUUCUCUGGAGCCUGCGCUGUGGAGGUACCUAGCGAAAACUACACAAAUAUGCAUGAAGAUGGUGUCAAAUUUCGAAAUCAGGUACUGUCAGCAUUAUUCGACAUGUUGUACGAUCCCGAACAACCAGUCAUCAACCUACGGUCUCUCUCACUCCAAAACCUCCAGAACUGCAACGAGAAAAGUAUCGUCUCAUCACCAAGUUUCUGGUCAGUGUUACAGCGCAUCACUGAGCUCCGCCUCAAGAUCAUUAAAGGAUACGAACACUCCGCCCAAGAAAACUCUCGGCACUUCCCCGAACUCUACAACUUUUUCGACGAGCUGCCCUCUAUCUGGCUCUAA